AUGGAUGCAUUGGAUAGUCCUGCAUCCGACGGUACACUGAAGAAACGCUCAAGUGGAGGUGGCACUAGUUUACUAGAUGGCCUGCGCCGCACCUUUGUCAACUUCCUUCGACACCCCCAAGCAACGGUCCUCCCCAGAAAGGAAUCUCUCCGCCGGAAAAACAUGACCCUCCCUCGACUAUUGCAACCCGAAAGCGGGUUUAGUAACCAAAUCUUGGUCACCGAACGUCUUUUGCCAGAGUCGAGUGCCGAUAUUCUUCAGCAAUAUGGAGCGAGGCGUUUCUCUGCUUACACGGAGAUCCCGGAGACCGUGAGAGCCGAAUUUAUUCGGCUCGAUAAGCUAUCUGGUGGUAGUGGAGAGGCGUUUCCACGCAGCGCAUUGAAUGGAAUGAACGGACAUUCCUUUUGUGCCAUCCCUUUGGAGUUGGACACUUUCUGCGAUUAUUGUAAUCAACCAAUUUGGGGUCUUGGCUGGGGACCCGUAUGCCAACGUUGUGCUGAUUGCCACAUGACCUGUCAUUGGUUGUGCAAAGACAAAGUAACCAUAUCAUGCGAGGUGAGCCCGCCUCCUGCUCAUACCAAUGUCGGCAACGCUGAUGUUUUUGGCUGUGAUGGUUCUGGUAAUUAUGGCCUUGAUGAUGGUGUUGUCACUGAGCAAGCGUCACAAAAGUUGGAGGGUGGGGACCUUCACACUCCAACUGCCUCCAGGUCGUCUUCCCAGCAGGUAGCACUCAAUGACUUGCACAAUUUCUUUGUAAAUUUGCAGGAGGUGCUACAACCACACGAACCAUCCACAGCAGCGAUGGGACGGGCAGUAUCAAUGGGCCCGGAGACCAGAACAAUUUCGGUUUUUGCCAGAGCCGAUGACAAGCACCGCCGCUCAUUCUCUUCACCUACCCUGUUACCAAACACCCGACUUGGUCUCUUCACCUGUAGGGCUUCUUACUUGCUUUCACUGUCUAUCUUGCGAUCCCAAUCGCAACCUUUUUUACCCAUUUUCCAGACUGAAACCAGCCUGAGAGUGGAUCAAAGCUCAAAGGUAGAGCAGCAACAGCCUUUGGUACAACCACUGCCUCCGUCAGUAUCACUUCAGGGGAGAACAAUUCGUCACCAAUCGAUGCUGCAGCCGCGUCGUCGCCACUACAAUCGUCAACCCUUGAAUUUGUCGCGCCGCCACACUACGGCUGUGAAUCUCGCCUCUGUCACUGGCGGUACUUACGACAUCAGCAGCCUCGACCAACGCGACAUUCGUGAGCGCGGCAUCUCUGUUUGGCAAUUAAGUCCUGCCGUCGCCUCAUCCCUCUCCUCCAGUGGGGCCGUGGCCGCCGCUGAUGACCCGCCGGUGGUCAUGAGUAGUCGCAUGCAAGCCACUAAGUUGGCUGCUGUCACCGGACAUCAGACCGGUGUGGAAGAGAUUACUUAUACCAAGGUAACCAUCGGUCCCCGCAAUGCCGCUCUUCCCUGGAAGCCAAUAGAACUUGCAAGGCGGCUGGACAUCUUCAAUACCAACGACUUUGGCCUCUGCGCCAAAAUGACCCCCAAGUUGCAGCCUGGCGAUUGCGAGGGUCAAGUGCGUGUUCACAUCAAUCUCAUUCGCCCUGUGCGCAUGGUGCUCGCAGCUCGGCCGCCCUCCAUCUUCGACAUUGUUGGCGGUGGGGACGAUGAUGGUGACGAUCCUUCUAGCGGGGAGGAGAUAUCCGACGCAGUACAACAAUCGGAGUGUGUCAACUCUGUCAGACUGCGCGGCAAGAUUAUCGGUCGCAUCACCUCCUUCCGCCUUCCUCGGGGCAGCUCAAAGCUCCUGCAUGUCCAUUUAUCGACGACUGCGAGUCAAGUAAUAAGUAGUCUUCUGGCUCGUUUCAAUAUUGAUGAUAACCCGCAGAAGUUCGCCCUCUACGAGCACACCAUCUUUGGCGAGAAUGAUGGUAAGGGUUUUGCGCUAUGCGUUGACAAUCCACCUCCACAUAUUCCUGCAUCACGCGGUGUUUUGUAA